AUGCCAUUCUCCGCCGUUGCCUCCCACUCGGCCGAUAAGAUCCCCGAUAUGUAUGUGCAAGGCUACGAGGAGCUCGGCAGUGACUUCUUUGACCAGUUUCUCACUUUCAGCCCUGCCGAAGCUGAGACUGGUGACUACCCACUACCAGAAUCGACCCUAAUGAAAAGAGCAAAAAGCCACUUCGAAGAUGCAUCACUGACCUCCACUGACGACAAAAGGAAGCGUGUUGUUGCCCUUGAGGAUUCACGGCAAGGCGAAUCUUGGGCGAUGGAGCAGCGAACUCUAAAAGCCUCAUACUCAACUUCAACCGACCAAUUCUGCGCUUCAGGAAGAGCCGCGUCUGACAGUGAGCUGCUCAGCCUCGAAGGCAUCUACUUAGAUUCUCCUCAACUCCCGGCACACACCCAAACAUCUCUUCCGACCUCGCCGACACAAGUCCCAGUAUCUACAUUGCGAAGAAAGAACCGCAUUGUGGGGUCUUUGUCAAGGACCUUCAAUAGAGGAGCCUCGAGCCUCGAUAAAAGCGCACUUCGAAGUCCCAUCAGAAAAGCAAAGUCGAUCCCAGCCAUGAUGCAAAAUAGCAAUCAAAACAACAACAGCUUCGACCUCUGGGGUCAGAAGCUUGAUCUGGACGCUGCGAAGUUCAACUUCGACUUCGAACAGGAUGAUGCGCCGCUGUCGCCACGCUCCUCUGCCAGAGUUCCAGAUGUGCUACAAUUCUCGGACGCAUACGAUGAUCAAAAUGGAGAGCUUCUGGACGGCAUGUCAUACAAACACGCCCUAACACAGCACUUCGUCCGUCCAACGCCAUAUGAUACGCCGCUUUCGACUCCGACGUUAGACCGCUUUCCUUCGCGACAGACGAGUCAACAACUACGUUUGGAUAGUGCACUGUUCCCAGUCACGCCUCAAGCUCCACAUGCUUCUUCAUCUUGGUCACAACUGCCAGGCUCUCCCGACUUCAACACAUAUGGAAACUCGACGCUGUACCCCGAGAUAGAUCCUCCAAUCUGGUGGAAUCAUGCUGCGACAGCACCCUUGGCUCAGCCAUCCCCAAAUAACUUCCAAACCAAUCCUCAGCGAGCAACCAAAAGUCUCGCAUUGCAGCUGCAGAAUGAUCUCGCAUUCGACAACAACGAGAUGGGAUACAAUGCUUCAGGCAUUCCAAACGGACUUAUGAUCCAAAUGCCCGACACAUCCGCCCAGCAAUCCUUCGUCUUGAGCUCUCCGCCCAUGCUCCCGCCGCAAGGCUAUUUCCCCACCCCUCACUCUCAGCCCCACCAGCAACAGCACCAUCAGCACCCACAACAACAUCACCAACAACACCACCACCAACGUCCAAACCAUAACCGGCAAGCCUCCCACCACGCCCAGUCAAGGCAUCCCCAACAGUCCAGUCCCAUACGUAAGAGUCGUUCAGGAUCCAGCGACUCCGAAUCACCCUCCCCUAGCUGCUCAACGCCGGCAGGCUUCAGCGUCCGGAAGCGAAAGACGCCCAAGACAAGUAAGCAGUCGACCCCCAGGACACCGAAUACAGGUGCCGUCGACUUUGUCAACUACACACCCAGUGACAGCAGGAAGAUCCUGACGGGUGUUGCGCCGAGUGGCUCCUCGAAGACGAAGGCGAGGAGGGAGAAAGAGGCUCUUGAUAAGAGGAGGAAGCUGUCCCAGGCUGCGCUGAGGGCUGUCAGGGCGGCCGGUGGAGAUGUUGAUAGCCUCGUCGAACAGGGUCUUUUCGUUUGA